AAUCUGUCAUAGACAAGAAAUUUAUGAGCCGUCAAGUCAAGUCAACGAGAGUCGUCAAAUUCUAUAGUGCUUGUACAUAUUUUCAGUUUUCCGCCAAAGUCCAGAGUCAUAUAUCUAUAUUUGCCAAAAUGGCAGAAGGCCAAGAUGAUCCCAAAAAAAUCACAAUUACAGUAAAAACCCCAAAAGAAAAACAACAAGUGGACAUCGAAGAAGAUGCCGACAUUAGAAAAUUGAAGGAAGCGCUCGGACCGCGGUUCGGAGCGGAACCGGAGCAGCUAUGUCUUAUCUUUGCCGGAAAGAUUAUGAACGAUGCCGACACGCUGAAGCAGCACAACAUCAAGGACGGGCUGACAGUCCACCUCGUGAUCAAGACGCCGCCCCGGCCCGAGCCGGAGGGCGGCCCGCGCCGACCCCCAGCUGAUAUUGGAGCCACUCCAUUUGGGUUGAACUCAUUAGGAGGUUUAGCUGGGCUUGAGAGCUUGGGUCUUGGACAGAGCACUUUUAUGGACUUGCAGGCCCGCAUGCAACAAGAGCUCCUGUCCAACCCCGACAUGCUGCGCCAGGUGCUGGACAACCCGCUGGUGCAGCAGAUGAUGAAUGAUCCCGAGAACAUGCGCACGCUCAUCACCUCCAACCCGCAGAUGCAGGACCUUAUGGCUGUAAGUUUAGAAGCAGUUCAAUUAAUAGAAUUUAAUCUGUUGAAGGCGACGUGUACCGGGGGCGCGCAGGAUGCGGUUCGCGCCGCGCGGUCCUCCGCCCUUCACAAUACCGCCUUACCGCCCGCUACGUAG